UCCUCUCACCACAUCCUUCCUUCCACACCUCCCCAAGGGGUCGUCCUUUCUCUGCACCCUUGUCCCCAUCUGCGUCCCUCAGACCCUUAGGUGGAGGCCACCGCCCUCAGUCCCCCACGUCCUCCCCUUCCCCAGCUCCCACCCCUGCCUGUGGGGCCUGGAAACGCGAGAGGAAAUGACUGAGCCGCUCUGGUCCCCGCCUGCCUGCGUCCUCGCCCCUGGCCACACCCUCCGCCCUGAGGCAGCUCCCACGCGGUACUCUGACACUUCAGUCUGGAGACCUUGGGCUCGGACAUGUCACCGCCCAGUCAGCUGUGUCUCCUCACCAUUGUCGCCCUGAUUCUGCCUAGUGAAGGGCAGACACCAGAAAAACCCAGAUCCAGUUUUACAGCGCACCAGAGUUCUGUGACUACUCAUGUCCCAGUUCCAGAUCAAACCAGCCCAGGAGUCCAGACCACCCCUCCCAUCUGGACCAGUGAAGCUGGCGAAGCCACAGGAAGCCAGACAACAGCCAAAACCAAGACCCAGCAACUGACUGAAAUGGCCACUGAGAAUCCAGUGACAGAUCCAGAGCCACUUACAAGCAGCGAGAAAGGUACCCCGGCACUCUCCAGGAUCAAAUCUCCCAGCCCAACCAAAGGCUGCAUGCCUCCAUCCUACAUUGAGAAUCCACUGGAUCCCAAUGAGAACAGUCCCUUCUACUACGACGAUACCACCCUCCGGAAACGGGGGCUGCUGGUGGCGGCAGUGCUGUUCAUUACGGGAAUUAUCAUCCUCACUAGUGGGAAGUGUAGACAGUUCUCUCAGUUAUGCCUGAAUCGCCACAGGUGAGUGGGGGCCAGCACCCUGAUGGGCACCCCAACUGGAGCCAUACCACACCAGUUCACCACCCCUGCCUCCCUCCCUCUGCUCCAAGAGCCAACAGAGUGGUCAACGUAAAUGGAUCCUCAAAGGAAGAGGCCACCGGAGGGAGCCAGGCCUAAGGCUAAAAUGGUCUUCCCACCCUGAGGAGAGAGGUCUCCCCAGGCACUGCUGUGACCCUGCCUAUCCUGUUCAGAUAAAUCCACAUGGUCUCUCUUC